AUGUCUUCUAUUGAAUGGAAGGAUUUGUUUCCAUGGUUAACCGCUGACCAUGCUCAUUCACUACUCUCAGAUGUAAAUGAGAUUUUGGAUGAUGCAAUUGAAAUAGCAUUAAGAAUAUCAGACAAUACACCUAACACGUCAACUUCUUCAUGUGAACAGUCAGACCAAGAACGAUAUUCUAUGCUUACAGCUCUAGUAAAUCCGUCACAAACAUUGACAUCACCAUCACCACCAUUAUUAGAUUUAACUGAAUGUCAGCAUCUUCUUGUAAAAUUAAGAUUCGUUAUCUCAGAAGAAGGCGUACCGAAAGAGCAAAUCGGAUAUAUGCUUAGGAAGAACUUACGAAAUGCAUACAUGCGCGAUGAGAAAUUUUUAGAAAAAUCUUCUAGCAGAUUUUAUGAGAAUUACAAAGGUGGGAGAAUAUAUUUGCAGUGCAAUUGCUCGAUUCGAUCAUUUGAUCGAAUAAAUUCUUGCUUGCAAGCUUCAUAUGAGGAAAAAUGUGUCGAAGUCUAUGUUGCAGUGGAGUUAUUAUGCUCUGAGAAAUCUGUCCGAGAGAUUUUGAUAGACUUUAUAAAAUCGUUUAACAAUGAAUCGGGAUAUGGUCUUGAGAUGCAGCCUUAUUUAGAAGUACGAAAUAUCGAUCAAAUAUUUACAGACACAAAAACUGAUCAUGAAAACGUUGAUAUUUUGUGGUUAGGAAUUGGUAACAUGCCUAAUUUCGGGUUAUUUUUCAUACGUGGUGAAUAUGUAACAAAGUAUAACACGGAAAGUAACAAGUUAAUCUUAAAUCCUGUCAGUGAAACAAAAAUAAACAAUGCUACUGGUAGUCAUAUGCUUCUGUCCUGGGCGCAUUUUGAACAUGAUCGACGUGUAUUGACUAUAUAUUUUGCUAUUGAACAUGUCGUAGCUCAUGAUGGAUUAUCAUAUAUAGGCUAUAAAUUUGUUAUUACAUACAAUUCAUUUCAUAUGGUUGUCGUUGAUUGUGAUUUGGAUCCGGACGAAAGAGAUAAUCACGUUUAUAUUUGCUUAAGGCAUCCUCCGCAGUUAUGGGAAGCAGUACCGCGAGUUAUAAAUGGAAGACGUGUUUUAAAUCUUGAGCAAUGUCGUGAAUGGUUGCGUGCGAAAAGCUUUCCUGGGAAUAAAUACUUUGCUGGUUGUUCUCAGAAAACGCUAGCAGAAUCACAAUGGAUUAGUUUUUCGAUGCCUAAGGAAACUAUAAAACCAGAACGAAUGUUUCCGGAUGAAGUAUUGGAUUGGGAUAGGCGAAGUGCUACCACUAAGAUGAUGCCAACAUUCCAGUUAUUCGAAAUUAUUGCGCGAUGGAGUCGUCGAGCAAAAUGUAAAAUAUAUUUUGCAGGAAUCAUGAAAAUACCGCGGCGUGAACCUUCAAAUAUAUUUAUUACAAAGCUUCCGUCGUUUAGACUUAAUUAUACUAUGGAAGCAUUACUCAGCAGAGGAAGUGUAGUGAAAGACCAACUUUUUGAUGUUCGUCCACCUUUCCGAAAUAAUUUGUUUUUCGAGCGUAUUAUUCACUGUGCUCAAGAAUGUCUCACAGCUUGUGAAGAAACGUUAGAUAGUGCUUUAGCAGCUAUUGAUGAAAGACGUCGUAUUUCACUGCUAAAAUUUUUCGAGCAUGUUUAUCCCAAGAAAUUAAAAGCAGUGCAAAAUGGCUUAAGUGGAGAAGAAAUUGGUAGUGUUUCUGAUCUACCUCACAACUGUGUAUUAAUUCGAAAGGUCGUAGUAAGUCCACUCAGAAUUUUACUUCUGCCCCCAGAAGUUAUGAUGACUAAUCGUGUCGUACGUUAUUUUGGAGAAGAAUACGCUCUGCGUUGCAUAUUUCGAGAUGAUAACGGCCAGCGUCUCUCUUCCAAGGAAUUUUCUCGUGGUCGUGCUCUGCAAGACCAGUCCUUAGUAAUUCCGAAUUUAGUUUACUCUACACUUGGAGCAGGGCUUCAUAUAGCAUCACGACAUUAUCAAUUUUUAGCAUGGUCAAAUUCGCAGAUGCGUGAUGGUGGUUGUUAUAUGUAUUCGAAUGCUAUUGUAAAUGAUGAAUUACGUGGUGAGAUAGUCUACACUAUCGAAGAUAUCCGACGUUGGAUGGGAGACUUUACAGCUUCCAAAAGUGUUCCAAAAUUGAUGUCGCGCAUGGGGCAGUGCUUCACUCAAGCUCAGCCAACAAUACUGCUGAACAAAGAUGAUUGGAAACUGGAAGAUGAUAUCAUUGGUGGUAUUGUACAUCCAGAAACUGGUGAACAUUUCAAUUUCUCAGAUGGUGUGGGGAGAAUUUCUCAAAAGUAUGCUGAUCGCAUUGCUAAAAUUUUGAACUUGCAGAUGACUCCAUCAUGUUAUCAGGUCCGAUUCAAAGGUUUCAAAGGUGUGCUUUGUGUAGACCCAGUGUUGGACAAAUCUGAUGAAGUAAAUGUUAUCUUCCGCAAGAGUCAGAAAAAGUUUCAUGAAGAUGAAAAGAGCAGUGCGGAACUAGAAAUAGUGAAAUAUUCAAUGCCUUCACCUGUUUGUUUAAAUCGACCGCUUGUCAUGAUUUUAGACCAGGUUUCGAAGAAGCAAGGCCUACAUUUACAUAAGAAGGUUUGUAGUCGAAUACGCUCACUUUUAGAAAUGGAGCUCAACAAGCUUGCUGGGAUGAUGUGCAAUGAAAAUGAAGCUACUGAAGAAUUAAGUUCACGCCUAUUCCUUCCAAUUGACUUCCAUCAGUUGCACAGUAGUGGUAUUUUCUUCACUAAUGAGCCAUUUUUUCGAUCAUUAUUGGUUGCGAUAUAUCGAUACAAUAUAAAGAUAUAUUUGAGCAAGUCAAAAAUUUUCCUACCUGAAUCUGGAGGGCGAACGAUGUAUGGUGUGGUUGAUAAUACUGGAUUACUACAAUAUGGACAAGUUUUUGUACAGUAUUCGUCCUCUUUAAAGUAUGCUACGCAAAACAGAAUCGUUCAUACUGGUCCUGUUAUGGUAUCAAAAAAUCCAUGUCAUGUUGCUGGCGAUGUGCGUAUGUUUGAAGCAAUUUAUCAAGAUGCUUUGUUGCAUCUUUAUGAUGUCAUUGUUUUUCCUCGACAUGGUCCUCGUCCACAUCCUGAUGAAAUGGCUGGUAGUGAUUUGGAUGGUGAUGAGUAUACAGUUAUUUUUGAUAAAGAACUGUUCUUCUCUAGAAAUGAAGAUGCUAUGUUUUUUCCGAAAUCAAUACCUAUUGAAUAUGAUGCGCUUCCAACUGUAUAUUUUCUUGUUUUUGUUAAGUCAAAAUAUUUAGAAGUAGAAAACGUCAAGUAUUAUUUACAGAACGAAGACAUGAUUGAUUUUUUUUUGAAAUAUCUGAGCCAAGAUUCAGUCGGUCGUAUGUCAAAUGCUCAUUUAAUUAUGUGCGAUAGGCUUGGUCUUUUCCAUGAAGUUUCUGAAGGAAUUGCUCGAAAAUGUGCUAUUGCUGUAGAUUUUCCAAAAACUGGUGAACCAGCUGAUCCGUUGACACUAUAUGAACAGAGUGAAUUUGUCCCUGAUUAUAUGCAAAAUAUUUUUAAGCCAUCAUACAGAAGCAAACGGCUUCUUGGUGAAUUGUACAGAAGGGCCAAAAAAGUUGAAGAUAUUUUGGAACUAGUUAAAGAAUCAAAGUUCGCUGAUUACUGUGAUUCAGAGCUGUGCGAUGGUAGUUUGUUUAAUGAGCAGCCGGAACUUAUUGAAAGAAGCUUACAUUUGAGGAAUGAAUACAAUGCAAAGAUACAGCAAUUAUUGGAUGAAUAUACGAUUCCUGAUGAAGCCUCGUUAAUAUCCGGUCACAGUAUAACAAUUAAGAGAAUAACAGAAAUGGAAAAAGAUGACUAUUCCUUUUACCAUUCAGAUAAAAUUGUCGAACUGCGAUAUAGCCGCAUUUUUGCGUACUUUAGGCGUGAAUUCUUCAGAGAAUUUGGGGAAGAAUCAGAUUUUUUAACAGUCGAUAGAUCUAAAAAACGUGGAGUACGUUGGAACUCUGCGUUGAUUACGAAAGCGAAGGCAUGGUAUGCAGUGACAUACGCCAGUAAUUAUAGAUCAGCUUCUAAAUUUCUAUCUUUUCCUUGGAUCGUUUGGGAUAUUUUGCUUAUCGCUAAACGUCAAAUUGCACUUGUACUAAAGUCUCCACCACUGCUGAUUAAUCCUUUAACCAUUUAUUUAUCGCAGGAAAUCGAAAAAUUCUGCUAUGCACGUCGUUAUGCACUCAAACAGUUUAUUGGUGAUAUGACUCAAGGUACCUCACGACUUGAAUCAUUCGUGAAAUACUCACGAAGAUAUGGAUCUAAAGUAGAUAUGCUUUGUUUUGUUAUUGAUAACUGGUUAAAAUCAGAAGGUGUGUACGAAAAGUCGGCAUUGAGACGAAUCCAUGCGGUCAUAUUAUUCUUGCAGUUUGCAGUGGGAAUACUGCAUGGAAAGCAAACAUCUGCAGAAUUGUACAAACACCCCAUUUAUUUCCAAAAACUGGAUGAUCUAGAGAGUAAGGCGGAAAGUAUCGAGAUUCCGUACAAUACUGGUGAAAUUUUGUUUGCUUUCUUGCGCUACUUGGCAAGUGAGCAGUUUGCUCAUGCGAACUUUAUACAAUUUCGUCUGGGAGACAUGAUCGUUGGAAGUAAUUCUGCUCCAAUUUUUACGAGAUCAUCGCAGUGGUCUGCUCUCCAUGCAGUUGCGUUUCGGGCGUUUCAUUAUACCGCGAUAACUGCCAGAUUCGAUGCUCUCCAUAUCAUUCAAAGUCAUGAUGUGGAAAAAACAUGUAGUAGCAUUGACGACAAAGAAUGGGAUUUUGGAGAAACAGAAUUUCCUGUCGUCGCAUCCAGUCAACUUUGCAGUCAUAAAGAUAUUAGCAUGCAACGAAUAAAUGCCACACUGAAGGCUAGUUUUAAGUGGUCUGGUGUUCAUCAGAUAAUGAGCCGUGUUACGAAACGUGAACAGUUCUUGGUUAGUUGCACGGGGAGUGCAGUAGCCAGACAGCGACUGCAUCGAAUACUUCUUAUGGAGCCAGAGUUGCUUCUAGAGGCUAUACAAACGAAUACUAUACCCAGAGAAGCUCGUGAUGAAUAUUUAUAG